AAAUUGUAUUUUGCUUGUUAAUCCAUAUGGUCCAGUAUUAAAAUUGUAAUAGUUUUACAUUAACAAAUCGUAUAUUUUUAAAAUUCGUUCACCACUAGCAUUAUAUUGUAAUAAUAAUUGAGUGUUUUCUUUAAACCUUAAAAAUCAUCGUUAAGAAUGGCAGAUUGGGAAGAAAUUAAGCGUUUGGCGGCCGAUUUUCAAAAAGUGCAACUAAGUUCCACGUCACAAAAACUGUCUGAACGCAACUGCAUUGAAAUAAUCAACUACUUGAAAGAAAAGAAAAUAAUAGAUUUGAUUUUCACUGUCGACGGUAAGGAAUUCCUGACCCCUUCCCACCUAAUCCAAGACAUCAAAAACGAGCUUUUUAUCAGCGGAGGUCGCAUAAAUUUAGUCGAAUUAGCGAAAAACAUUGGCGUUGAUUUAGCCCACAUCACAGCCCAUCUCAAAGACGUCCUCAAAGGCCAAAAAGACCUUCAUUCCAUCCUCGGCCAAUUAAUCGACUCAUCCUACAUCACAAAAAUCGCUGGGGAAAUCAACGAGAAGCUCGCACAGCAGGGUCAAAUUAACAUCAGUGAUUUAACAAUUCAGUAUGACCUAAGUGCGGAAUUUCUGCAGCAGCAGGUCGUGGAGAAACACUUGGGCAAAAUCAUUCAUGGCAAACAGGACAGCAACGACCCGAGAGUCUUUUUCACCGAAUCGUUCAUCGCCAGGUGCAAAGCCAAGAUCAGGGGGGCCCUGUGUGGCUUGACUAGACCAACACCAAUUGCGUCAAUUUUAAAUCAAAUUAAUUUGACCGAGAAGUUGUUUUUCUCGCUUUUUGAUCAAACCUCCGUGCAUGGAACCCUCACGAGCAGGGUUGUGGGGGCCCAGUAUAUUCCGAACGUUUACGCCAGGUCGCAGAAUGAAUGGGUCAACAACUUUUAUAAACAAAACGAUUAUUUGGAGUACGACGCGUUGACAAGGCUCGGAAUCUCAGAUUACAAGUCUUUCAUCAAAAAGCAAUUCUCUUCAGAAGACUUGGUCUUCCUCAAUUCCUGUGCUGCUUCCAAACGAGUGUUAGAACGGGCGGAAGCCGAUAUCGAUGAAUGUAUAUCUAGCAAAUCUUAUGUCGACCUACAAUCGAAUCUCCCUUCCGUUUUUAAUGAGAAAGAUAUCAAACUAAUCCUCGAUACAAUUUUGACGAGACAAAAGCAGCAACAAACAGUGGUUAUUGAGAAUUUUAUCUUGAGUAAAGCUUUUAUCGAAAACUUGUCGAAAAAUUUCGAUGAUCUCAUUAAAGAGAAAGCUAAAUUUGUUGUCGAGUCUGGUAAAUACCAGCAAUACCAAACCGAUAUCCAAAUUUCGUCAAGCAAACCGCAAAAGUUUGAAGAAGUGGAUGAGAAAGUUGAUAAGAGGGAAGAAAGGCGGAAGAAAGCCGCUGGCGGUAAAAGCGGAGGUGGGACGCAAGGGCGCGAGACCAAAACCAAGUCUACGAAGAAAGCCACUCGGGGGAAACACCUGGAGGAUGAUUUUGAAACUGUUGAGAGGAGACAACAGUUGCAAGUUGUGCUUAGUGAGGAUAUCGCAGAUUUGAUUCAAAAGGAGUUGGAAGAGGACGGUUUGGACGAAUUAACUGUGCCUUUAACACAGUAUUUGUUACCACAAUUGAAUGAGAAAGGAUUGGAGAUUGCCGGAGAAAUUUACGCCACGACUAUAGCCGACAGGACGGCAAAUCGCAGACAAACGCAUAACGAGCUCCAAAAUAAAUUAAACGCUCUAAUCGGAGACGUGAGACUCUUCGAGAAAGGUUUAAAAUUGCUGCCGGAGGAUUUGCAAGGACAGUUGGUAAAAUAUCUGCUCAAGACGCUUUGUACCGAUGUUACAACGGAAAUCUUGAAUUAUGUGGCCGCUGAACAAAAUUUGAAUACUCAAACUGAUAAUUUUACCAACGAGCAGAGACUAAAAUUCGUUAACGAGUUACCACCUGACUUGAAAAAAUCUCUUUUACCCCUUGUUAAGUCGCUAACAGGGCAAAGUAUCGACGAGUUCAUGGUUGCCGUGGAAGAAAGUCUAAAUGUAUGCAGUAUGAUUAUCAAGAAAAUCGAUAAAAAGAAAGACAGGACGAUAGUUUUGAACCAUAAACAUGUUUUGUUGGAACAGUUGAAUAAAUGCGAUGAUUUGGCUCUAGUUUUGCACUUGACGACUUUGAUUAUUUUCACGACGGCCACUCAAUGUAUGCUUCAUGCCAGUGGGAGACAUGUGGCGGCCAUUUUAAAUUUCUUGAAACAAUAUUUAACCCAGGGACAAAUCACCGAAUUGACUUCCUAUCACGAUUUUGUUACGUUGAUGCUAAGUGGAGGAAGCGAAGCGGAAAACGCGAAAGAAAAACUUAAAGAGAAGAUCCAAACGGUCAAAAAUAUCGCCAACGAGUUUAAGAAACCCGGAGCUGAGAAGAGUUAAUGAUUGUAAAAAUAUGUACAUAAGUUUCUAUGUAAUAUAUACAAAUAAACAUUUAUUUUAAAUUGAA